GGCAAAAAUCCAGAACAAGGAAGAACUGUUUUUAUUUACAAGUACACGAGUUGGCGCAGCACAGCAGAUUAGUUGUUGUUGAUAUUUUUAUCAAGUAUAGACAAAGAGGCAAGGGAGAGUUUUAAUUGCCAUACAUAUUUUGCUGCUUUGGUAUACACAGGAAAAACAAAAAAAAACAAGACAGUAAAUUACGAAUGGUAAAAACGAUUAUAGUGUAGCCGACAAAGAGAAUUUACAAAUAAUGGAUUGUGACUCCUUUGGACUAUUAAAAUUGUAAUUGGCAACACCAAACAAAUCAUCAUUUUGUAUUUGUAAAUUUUGGAAUUCACAUUCAAACUUCAAUAACGCGUCUCUAUCUAUUACGCUUUCAUUCUUUUAAAUAAAUAUUAAAGAAUACACGCAUUUCUAGCUCGGAAAAAUGGAUAACAAAUUAUCUAAAUGGUCCACUUUAACCGAAAAGGAAAAAGUUGAUAUUUUAAGUGGUGGCCUUGAUACGGACUGUAGCUUUAUUGCUUGCGGUAGUCCAAAUUCAGAAGCUGUACAUUGCCAUCAAACCAUAUUGUCACAGACCUCUAAAGUCUUUUAUGAUAUGUUUGCUAAAAACGCUGGUGAAGACUUGACCAAUAAUGAAAUUCGUUUGGACAAUGUCGAAGCAAAUACUGUCCAUCAAUUUGUUGAUUUCGUUUAUUUUGGAAACAAACAACAAAUAAGUAAGCUCUCUCUUCAAAUUCUUAAGGAAUUGGUUUAUAUUGCAGAAAGUUAUAAGAUCAGCGAUCUAUCUGACUCUUGCUUGAGUGCAAUUGAUAAUAUCAAAACCAACAUAUCGUUAAGAGAUAUGGCUAAUUUUUAUGAAUACGCUCACAGAGUAGAUAAUCAAAAGCUGAUUGAGUUAUUCAAUCGUAAAAAAACUGAAUGGUGUAAUAAUGUACAAAGAGAUCAAAAUGAUAUUUAUUGCUCGUCCAUAUACGACAUGAGUUCAGCUUGUUUCAUGGAUUUUAUAAAAAUAUUUGCAAAAGAAAAUGUGAAACAUUGUUUCGAAAUGGUACAAUAUUACAUAAAAAGGAAUUUAAGCGAUAAAUCAGUUGAAGGUGAAAAUGGGGAAGAGAAUUUAAAGAAAUUCGAAGAUGAUGAUCAUCUUAAAAAACCAAAUGGUGAAGUUAUAAAUCGCGAAGAUAUUUCUGACGUUUCUAAGAUUGAUUUAAAAAGUCCAGAAAAUGAUUCUAAAAUCUUAGCAGAUACUUCUAAUAAACGUAAACGUAAUAUAAACGAAGGAGAUAAUUCUGAUGCAUCUCAAGAUGACUUUAAGGACAAAGGAACUAUUUCUGAAGCAUCUGAAGAUGAGUUUAAACAAUCAGAAAUUUCUAAGAAUCAGAAAGGCGGUUGUGGAAAACUGCAAGAAGACGUGAAUAGUUCCAAGGAAUCUAAAACUUAUAAAAAAAAUAAAUUAAUUAUAAAUAUGUUGUUAAAUUUGAUUGAUUUCAAAAGUAUGUCUUUGGUUGAAUUUCUCAAUGGACCUAUUAACUCUGAUCUACUAGACGUUAAUACAAAAUUAGAGGUUUUAGCGGAGAUUGUUCCAAAGAAUUAAUCCUGUAAAUUUAUCUUCAGAAAACAAAAUUUAAGAAUACAAUUAGUAUGUACAAUCAUAUUCAAUAAAACUACUU